UUUACGCUGCCUCUCGCUCGGAUCGUAUGUGCCGUCGACUGGUUGAACAGGAACUUACAAAAUGUUGCGUUUUUACUGGAAAGUGGCUUCUGUCCUGCUCAUUUUUAUCAGCAUUGCUUCUGUAUCAUGUUUUGGGUCUGAAAUAAGCCCAUUUGAGCCACUUGAUGGACCAGUUCCCAAUCAGAAAACUUGCCCGGGUCUCUACUGUGGCAGAAAACUACUCUUGGAUAGUGGGGACAAUUCUACAUACAGUUCAUGUGGUGCUUGUGAUCGCAGUGAACGCCCCAACAAUUCUUCACUCUGUACACCAUGUAAUGGGAGUCCAGACCUUUAUGAUUGGAUGUAUCUGGGCUUCAUGGUGCUCGUCUCACUAACUCUCCAUAUCUUCUUCAUUGACUACUUCUCUGAUGGAAAAAGCAAAGCAAUUACUCUUCACAUCUCUGCCACAUUGGAAUGUGUUGUUGCUAGCAUUGUCAUGUUGCUUGUUCUAGAUCCAGUGGGUUCACCAAAGCUUAGAUCGUGUGGUGUAGGGAAGCUGUCUGAUUGGUAUACCAUGCUGGAGAACCCACAGCCACAGUACACUACAACACUACAUUGCACACAGGAGGCUGUAUACCCUCUGUACACUGCAGUCUUCAUUCACUACAGCAUCCAGCUUAUUCUAAUGAUGUUAGUUCGACCAGGCCUGUCAGUCAAACUCUCUGAUAACCUGGGAAGAAGUUCUAUCUAUGCUGCCCUCUACUAUCCCAUCUUGACUGUCAUGCAUGCUGUCUUUGCCGGCCUGAUUUAUUAUUCUUAUCCAUAUUUGACGUUAAUAGUAUCGUUGGUGACACAUGCUGUACAUUUUGCCAAGGAGGAAAUAGAGACACCCAAAUUACUGAUCAGUAAGAAGCGAAAUCCUGUGAUACUGUUCUUUCAUUGGCUGAUGCAUGCUUAUGGGAUCAUCGCUCUGACCAAACUACAGAAUCCUGUAAUAUAUGGACCUAUGUUAGCACUCAUUCCAUUUCCUGCCAUUUUCUACAUAGUCACAGCAAGGUUUGCUGAUCCGUCACAGUUAUAGAUCACUCAACAGAGUACAUUGUUCCUGUCAUCUUGUGUGAAGCCAUUGCCAGGUUAAUUGAUCAAUCACAGUUUAGCGCCCUCUAUGGUGAGUCCCACUUCUGUAGUCACUGCAGUAGUCACUGCAAGUCACUGCAAGGCUUGUCAACCCACAGGCAUUAGAGAUGCAGCUCACUUCAAGGUGCCUUGCUUCGGCAAGAACCUUCUUCUACAUGGCCAUCACAAGGUUUGCACCACAUUGCCAUGGUGUAUACAGCAUUAAUCUUAUCUUCAUAAUGAUGAUAUCGGUUGUCAAAACAAAAGGUACCUUAGUGCUUACCAAAUUACUGAUUUUUGUGCCAUGAUGACACUCCCUCUCUCUCCAUUUAUUCUUGUCUCGAGCAUCCUCUUCAUUUAGACCAACCUUACUGCCUUUUUUUCUUGAGGUUAAUUCUCUGAUGGAAAGUGGGGUAUCCUUCUCUGUUUUUUGAAGCAGCCAAUGUCAAACAUUUUUGGGUACAUGAGAGUACUGGAUAA